UAUAGAGUGACUGAUUACAAGAGAAAGGUUUCAGCAUGUUUGGAUUUAUGAUGAGUGAUGACUUUUCUCAAGAGGAGUGGAUGUACUGUGUUCCUGGCAGUAAUGCCUCAUGUGUUAUGGAACAGUUCAAUUUUUGGACUAAUUUUGCCCUCUAUUCCGUGUUUGUGUUUGGCAUGCUGCUUACCAUUUUAGGGAAUGCUGUUGUCGUUGUGUCUAUAUGUCAUUUCAAGCAGUUGCAUAAUCCUACCAAUGUGCUCAUUUUAUCUCUUGCUUUGGCUGAUUUGCUAGUGGGUGUGAUCGUGAUGCCCAUCCGUGCUGUCACAGCAAUUUAUGGCUGCUGGUUCUAUGGCGAUACCUACUGUCAAAUACACGCCAGUUUUGAUCUAUUUUUCACCACUCUUUCUAUUUUUCACCUAAUUUGCAUUGCUGUCGACAGACAUCAAGCAAUAUGUAAUCCCCUGCAUUAUUCUAGAAAAAUCACAAUGUCAGUUGCCAUGAUUAUGGUAUGUGUCAGCUGGGCACUGGCUACUGCCUACUCUUUCGGACUAAUUUAUUCAAAGACCAUUGUUGUAGGGUUAGAGGAUUUAAUGGCUUCAACAAACUGCCUUGGCAUUUGUAAUAUUCCCUUUAGCGCCCUUUGGGGAAUAUUGGACAGUGUUUUCUGCUUUUUCUUUCCCUGCACUGUAAUGGUUUGUCUUUACACUCAAAUAUUUAUUGUGGCUAAACAGCAUGUAAGAAAGAUUGGAGAUAAGAACAAAUAUCCAAAUUACAGAGGAAGAGGUGGGUUGGUUAAACAGUCUGAAUGCAAGGCUGCAAAGACUCUGGGUAUUGUUCUUGGUGCAUUCAUUUUCUGUUGGAUGCCGUUUUUUAUGAAUUCAAUAGCUGAUCCACUCACUGGCUUCAACACACCCUUUCUUGUCUUUGAAGGAUUAGUUUGGUUGGGUUAUUUUAAUUCAACCUUAAACCCAAUUAUUUAUGCCUUGUUUUAUCCCUCCUUCAAGAAAUGUUUUCAUUGCAUAAUCACUCUGAAAAUAUUCAUCUCUAAUUCCUCUACUAUGAAUUUAUCUGUGUAGUGAUCAACUCACAGAUUUAGUAUUUAAUAUAUUCACAUAAGUUACUCUUAAAACAAAUUGUAGGGCAUGCAAUCAAUUCAGCUGCAGAAAGGCCAUGUUUUUCUUGUUGUCACCAAUAAUGACACCACAAACCACUGUCUUUAUUACAGUACUAAUGGAACAUUUUGUUGAACAGCAUGCUUUAUUACUGGGCCAUUACGUUUUUGUUUUAUUUUUUUCAAUCUGUGAGAAUUGCAUGUAAAGUUUGUCAGUAUUUGACUGGUUGUGAUGGCCCCUGCAGCUCGUUAAGAGGGUUUGUGUAGGUUUGCUAUCGACACCCUCUACCUGUCUCCCUCUCAGGUCACCAGAGGAAGCUGAAUGCAGUAACAGCCAGAUCUGGAGCACCUAGGGCCCAGGUUUAAUCGAACUAGGCUGAGGCUUUC